AUGAUUUUCAACAAUUAAACCAAGAAAUAUUUGCAUGAAUAUUCUUUUUGCGUGAAAGAGCGAAUAAAAAGAGCACUAAUUUUUGAUUUAAAAUCAGUUGAAUAAAAGAAAUUAUUCAAUCAGAAAUUUUUUUGCAUCCUCCUGCUAUUUAGUCUCAACAUUCAAGUAAAUAUACACAUUUUUAUCCAUAGAUUGUGAUUCGUAAUAAAAAAAUAAAUAAAUUGAUACAAUUAGGCUCAUCAAAAUAAUAUAAACCUGAUGUCAAUAUAAUAUUAGUAAUAUAUUUUUUUAAUAGGUGAAAAAUGGGCUUAUAAAAAAGAAUAAACAUCUACAAUAAAUUAUUAUCUUUAAACAUAGGCAAGUUUAGGAAAAGAAAUGGUUAAUUAAAUUAUAAUUUUUAUUAAAAUAUAUUAAAUAAAAUGUUCGUUUAAGUUAAAACAAAUUUAAUUGGUAAUUAAAAUAGCAUUAAUAAAUUUUAUAUUAAAAAAUAAAAAACAGACAAUGAUUAAAGAUUUAAUAAGUUCAAAAUCUUUUUUCACAUUAGCUAUUCUGCUUUCUUUAGCAUCUAGCUAAUAAUUUAAUGAAGAUUUACUACUCAGUAAAGAAUACCCUAUGUCUUCAACAAGAAUUGACAACAUAAAUUAUUUAGUUUAAUUUGAAUUUUGGAGCUUUUGUAUGACAACAUUUACACCUAUAUCUUACCCUUAAGUUGAAUAAAAAUUACAAUAUGAUUAAGCAAAAUCAUAAUUACUGUUUUUAAUAAAGUCGGAGCAAAAGGUUUUAAUGUUUAUGUAUGCGAAUGUUAUGACAGAGAAUUAUGUAAUUCAUAAUUUUAUUGUCAAUAAUUAAAAUUAUUAGAUAUAUUAUGAUCCUUAAAAUUAUGAGGGAGUUUGGAUAAUGAACCUCGUCACUUUCUAUGACUAUAAAUAUUUAAUAUUUGAGACGAUGGAUGGUAUUAACACUAAUUAACUUUGGAUUGAUUUUAGGUAUCCAAAGUCAGUUGAAUUUAUUGUAGGAGGAACUGGGAUUGUAAUUUAUAAUUAAAUAUUUUAGAUUAAUAGGAUUUAUGAGUUAGGAAUAUUUCGGGGAAGAUUAUCAAACCUUUGGUAUCAGUAUAAUUACCGUUAUCCAAAUGAUAUUUAUGGAACUAUAUAGUGGUUAAGAAUGAAAGAAUACUAGCAAACAUUUAAUCUCAUUCCAGAUGUAUUUAAUUUUGAUGGAAAAAUUUAAAAGGAGUUUGAGUUUGAAUAGUUUGGGAGAAAAUUUAGUUUAUUUGGUUGGGUAAAAUAUUAUUCUCAUGAUGCUUAUUCUUUAAAGUAAUAUUUGAUAGUGAGAUUGACAACCUUUAAAAAUUAUUAAGACGAGAUUAAUCUUGGAGAUGAAAUUGUUAAAAUUAUUAUGAAUAUAGAUUUAUCAAACCAAAAUAAUUGUGGAUAUGAUGUUAUAUCUCAUCAUUAUAGAAUGCCCUAUCCGACAUUUAUAGAGAAUUCAAGGCAUGAUAAAUUAACUAUAAGGUAAGAUUUACCUUAUUAAACUCUAUUAACAAAAUGGCAUUUUAUUUCAUUUGAAUAUGGAUUAGAAUAAAAAGAAUCAAAAUCGUAAUUUAAAGUGAAUUUUUUUGAGGAUAAAAUUUUAUAAAGCCAUACUUAUCCAUUAGGAGAUUCGCACUAUCAUAGCUUAUUUAUUAAUACUAAAUACUAUUUUAUAUUUGGAGGUGAUUAUUUUCUUUUUGAUAAAUUAAAAGGAUAGUUAGCAGGCUUUUAAUUUGUCUCAAAUUAUAAUGAAAAUUUAAACAAAGAAUAUUGUAUUUUAAUCAUUUAUAAUUAGCUUGUCACUCAAGUUGUAAAACUUGUUUUGGUCCUUUAUAGAAUAAUUGCUUAUCUUGUUAUGAAAAUCCAUAAAACAUAUAUCUGGAAGAAUAAAAUUAAUGUUCAUGUCCAAUAGAUCAUAUAUACAAAGAUAAUUAAUGUGUAUUUUAUUAAGAUUAAUUUAAAACAAUAAUCUACAAAGAAUUUAUGUAGGAUUUUGGAAAUUCAGAAUGUCCCUUUGGAUAUUUUAAUUUGCCAGAUCCUGGAAUAUGCAUAGAAUGGUAAUAAAUAAAAUAUUGAUUUAGUCCUUAAUUGAACUCUUAUAAUGUAUUCUGUCUAGAUUGUUUUUUGAAUUCUCAGACUUGGCACAAAUAACCAGUUUGUAAAAAGGAUUUAAUUACUUAAUAAGUCUCUUAAAAAGAAGAUGCUUAUACUUUAUCUAUUAGAUCUACUAAAGAUUAUGAUUUUUAUUACAUAGAAAAAAAAGAAACUAUUUAAACUUUAGUUUUUUUGGAAGGAGUUUAAGAUUAUUGUGACAUUAAAGAUAUACUCCUUCAAAAUUGUUUUUAAUUAGAAGUUAAACAUUAAAAUCAAGACACAUUUGGUUUUUGUAAGCAAAAUUAUUAUUACUCUGAUUUAAAGUGUAUUGAAUUACACAAAGCAUGUGUUAAAGUCAAUUAAAUAAAUUAAUUAUGUGUGGAAUGUUUAAGUGGAUAUUAUUUGUCUGAAGAUAAAAAAUCUUGCAUUUAAUGUUCAAAUUUUUGUUAGAUAUGUCUUGAACAAGAUUAUUGUGUCUCUUGUGAAUCAGGGUUUGGAUUGGUUAAUGGUUAAUGUUAAAAAUGUGGUAAUUUUUGUAAAGUUUGCUAAUUUUCAUUAGUAUUUUAAAUCUUAAGAUGUUUAAGUUGUUUGGAUAAUUAUAAAUACUAUUUAUCCUUAAAUGCUGAGCAUUGUAGAAUUAAUUAAAUUGAAAAUUGUUUAAUUGCAUUUGAAAAAUCUUAAACAACAUAUUCAUUGGACUAUGAAUUUCAGCCUACUUAAGAAUCAGCUACGAUUUUAUGUGCAAAGUGUAAAGAUGGUUAUUAUUUAAAUGAGGAAACAUCUAGCUGCCUUUAAGGUGAAUUGUAAGACUGCCAUUAAUUUUACAAACAAACAGUGAUAUCUUUUUAAUUUAAAGUAUGCUUGUAUGGUCUUUAUGAUUCAAAAAAAGUUAUAUUUUCAUUUUCUGAUGAAUGUCCCAAAAUCAAUUUAAAUUGCAGAUAAUGCGUUAUAGAAUAAUUAUCAUACUAUUAUGAUGAAUUGUAAAUGAUGCUAAAGAAAGUUUCUUACUCUUGUAUUCUUUGUUAAAAUGGCUAUUAUGCUUAAAAAUUAACAGGAUCUUGUGUGUAAUGCCCUCCAUAGUUAAAUUGCUUAAGUUGUUUUGAAUAAAAUAAGUAUUCUAAAGAUGAUUGGAAAAAUGAAAUUCGUGCUUUUUAUAAAUAUUUUAUAGUUAGAGAUAGAAUAGAACAUAAAUUUAUUGAAUAUGGGAUAAGCUAAAAUGAAUUAGAUUAUGAAAUACUUUGCCAUUCAUGCUAAGAAGGAUAUGAAUUACAUGAAAAUUAAUGUAUUGAAAUAUGUCCUCCUUCAUGUUUGUAAUGUAAACUAUAGAAUAAUAAAAACAUCUGUGUUAAAUGUCCAUAAGGAAUAUAACUUAGAAGUAGAAGUUUAAUUGAUAAUUAAUGUAUUACUUGUCCAAAUUUAUGUGAAUCAUGUUAUAAAAGAGAAUAAACAGAUGUACUUUCUAUAAAUCCAUUAUUCAACAAUUCAGAAUUUUCUAAUUAUUCUUAUUAAUGUUUAUUUUCAGAAAAAGGCACUUUUGAUUAAGAAUUGGGUAUAUUUAUAGACUGUAAAUCUUAAAAAUGCAAAAGAUCAAUUUAUAUAAAUUUAGACUUAAUUUGUGAUAGUGAUCAAUACAAUCAACAAUUAAACUCAUUUGAAAAUGAAGAGGAACGAAAAUAAUAUAAACAAAAAACUAUUUUAAGCGAUCAUUUGUUUUCUUCCUCAAGCUUUUCUGAAGUAAAAAUUUAUAUAAUUAAUUUAGUUUGAAACCAAGGAGUUUUAUUAAUUAGCUAAUGAAAAAACCAUUAAAUAAAUCAUUAUCAUAAUUGUUAGUUAUAGAAUUUAAAAAUGCACUGUUAUUGAUUAAUUACAGAUUUCUUAAAAAUUUAGUUAAAAUAUUUUUUCUGCUAUGUAAAAAUUUCAUUUUAUACUUUAGAGAUGUGCAACUUUAUUUUUAUGGAAAUGGAAUUACUUCUAUAUAAUUUAAAAAAUAAUUAACUUUCCUUAAUUUCAAAAAAGUUCAUGUUUAAGGAUUUAAUAUUGAAAUCGAGUUUUUCGAAUUUGGUUUAAGUUUACUUAUGUUUAAAAGCGCUUUUGAUUAAACUAUUGAAUUAAUGGACAUUAAUUAUGAAUAAUAAUAAAAAUAGAUUACUUUUUAUAUUAUUAUGUAAAAUGCCAUAAAUGUCCAUAUUUCAAACUUUUAGCUCAAAUAUGUAACAAGACAAUAUUUUCUUGAAUAUUUUAUUAAAAUUGACUAAAUAUCUAAAAAGUAAACAGUUAAAGUAGAAAACUUGAAUAUUUAUAAAAGUGUAUUUUGGAAUACAAACUUUUUCUUGUUUUAUUUUAAAGAAAAUGAUUUAGUAGAAAUGAAGAAUAUAACAAUAGAAAUAUCACAAUUUAAUUUACCAUUUAUAAGUCAAACACUUGGCUCCUUGUAUAUAGAUUAAAUGUAUAUGAUUUAGACAGAGCUUUACUAUUCAAAGGGAUUCUUUUCUAUUUAUUAACUAAACUACUUUGAAUUAAAAAAUUUAGAAUUAUUUGGUUGUUAUUUAUUUAAUUCAAAAUUGUUUAAUCUUAAUAAGCAUGCAAAAAUGGAGUAUUUAACUUUUACAGAGAAUAAUCUUGAAGAGGGUUCUUGUUUCUUUAUUAAUGAGGAAAUCGAAAUGUACUAUAUUGAGCUAUAGAACACAGUAUUUGCAUUAAAUACUUAUAGUGAAAAGGAUAGAUUUAUAAAAACCUCUCAACUUAUAAAACCUAAUGAAGAACUACAUUUAAUUAAUCUUAAAAUAAUAGGAAACAAAUUGUAAUAAAAAUCUUUAGAAUCUUUUUUUGAUAUAUUAGACAUAACUUUAGUCUUUUUAUCAGCAAAUUUUAUUAAAAUUGAAAAUUUAAUCAUUUAAAAAAAUAAUGGGUUUCCAGAUAUGGUUAUAGCCGAUUCUAACGAAGUGACAUUAAAUAUUAUUAAUAUUUCAUAACAUGUUGAAUAUGGAUUUAAAGGAAUUUUUGAAUAAUUUGAUUGUUUUAAGUAGGCUAUUAUUAAUGAAUACUAUUAUCUUUCAAUUAGCAUUUAAAAUGUGCCUAAAAUAAAAAUUACCUAGUUAGUAAUAUAAAAGGCUUAAUCAAUAAAUUACCCAUUAAUUGAAAUUAAGAAUUCUAUUGUAAGAACUAAAAAAAAACAUAUAAUUGAAUUUUCAGAAUUAGAAUUUACUUCAAAUUUGAUUUUAAUUACAAAUAAAAUUAAAAAAGCUUCAAUUGUAUUGAUAUAAUCUUAAGUAGAUUAUUAAAUAGAUAUAAUUAAUUCAAGAUUUGAAAAGAAUAUAAUGCAUCACUAUAAUUAACUGGAUUUAAUCAACACAGGAUUACUAUUUAAUAUUGAUUGCUCGUAUUGUACAAUACUUAUAAGCAAUCUAAUUAUCCAAAAUAAUAUCGUUACUAACAGUUCUAAUAGUAUUCUUUAUAUCUAAACAUAAAAUUUAAUAAUUGAAAAUUCUAUUUUCACAUAAAACAACUUAUUUGAUUAUUCAAUUUUACAACCCUAUUUAUAUUGGGGUUUUUAAGAUAACCAGGAAAUAUUUGUAGAAUAAAUAUUAAAAAUUCUUCCUAUUAUAGUGUUAACAGGAACUGGAAAGAUAAUUUGUCAAGAAAUAAUCAUAAGAAAUGUUACUAUUUCUAAUUCAACAGGUUCAGGAUUAUACAUCUAUUUAGAAAAGGAAGCCUCAGUAAAUAUAUAAGAUACAAUAAUAAGUAAUAUUAGCACUUAAUUUCAUGGUAAUGAUGAAGAUGGAGGGUCUUUUUUAUUUGAUACUUCUAUUGCAUCUUCAGUUUAUAUUUAAUUAUAAAAUGUAAUUGCCAAAGAUGUAUAUUGUAAAAAUAGAGGAGGAUUAAUUUAUAUUCAAAAUGGUUAAGGGAAGACUAUUAUCAAAUUAUAAGAUUUGAUUUUAAAUGAUGUAUACUCAUUGAGAGGAUCAAUAAUUUAAGUGGAAUUUUCGGAAUAUAAAUAAUAAGAAUAGGAAAUAAUGGUUAAUCAUUUAGAUUUCCAGAACUCAAUCUAAGGAUAUUUAAAAUUUAUAGAAAAAUUUAGUAUUACAAACACUUAAUUAUUAACAUAAUUAUAAUUAUAAAGAAGCUUAAUUGAAAUAGCAUGUGCAAAUUUUAUAAGUUUAAGAAAUAUAGUCAUUAUAUUAUUAAAUUAUGAAUCUUUUAUUACAAUAUCAUAGACAUAAAAAGUAGAAAUUUUUAACACAAAAAUCACAAACUCAACUUUUAUAAAUUCAAUGAUUACUUUCAAUUUAAAUAAAAAAGAUUCUUAAAUAAAUAUUAUCAAUUUUUCAAUCAAAAAUGUAAAGGUUAAAGAUUAAAUAGAUUUACUAGAUAAAUGUAUUUUCAGUUCAUCACAACUUAUAUAAUACCAAUAAAUUUGCUCAACUAAUAAAUUUUUAGAAGAAUCUCCUAUUUUUUUAUAAUAUUAUAAAAUUGAAACCAAUUUAUCGAACGCAUACUGUGUAAUAGAAUAAAUAAAUAAACUAUAAAAAUAACCAAUAUCAAGCCUUCUAAAUAUAAAUCCUUCUUAAACAUAGGUUUAGAUUUCAUAAUUUCAUUUAACUAAUAUAAAUUGUAAAAUUUGUUAAAAAGGAUUGUUAAAUAUGGAAAUUUAUGAUAAUGAAAGCUUAAUAAUAAUCAAUUAAAUUUUUAUUUAUGAUAAUUAUUGCGGAUAAUAAAGUUGCUUAAAUAUAUUUAAAUCUGUCUUAAAUUCUCGACUUUUAUAAUCCUUCAAUUCAUAUAUCAAUUCAAAAUAAUUUGACUUAAAAAUACGAAAAUAUAAUUGUAUGAGAAAUUUUGCAUAGAAAGGUACGUGUCUCUUCAUUUAAGAUGUUACAACUUUAAUUGAAGAUUCUAUAUUUUUAAAUAAUACAGCUGAAGAAUAAGGAGGAUCUUUGUAUAUUAAUGGUUAACAGUAUUUUUUUAUAAUGAAUUCUUUAAUUUAAAAUAAUAAAGCAUCGUAAGGUGGUGGCGUGUUUUUUAAAGAUUAAAUUAAUUAAAAUCUAAUUAAUUAAUAAACAUUAAUUCAUGAAAAUGUUGCAACUCAAUAUGGUCAAAAUUUUGCUUAAAAACCUUCUUAGUUAUCAGUCUCUAUUGAUUUAAAACAUCUUUUAUCUAAAAUUAAAAUUGUAGAGAAGGAUAAUCUUCUUGUAGAAUAAGUAUAAGUUGAAAAGUAUUCUUUAUUUUUUAAGAAUUAUUCUAACGCCCUUUAUGUUCCAAAUGGGUAAAGUUUGUAUAAAUAUUAAUAUUUUGAUUUGAAGAAUAAAGAAUACAUCUCAUAUAAUUUUCAUCUUAGAGUGAUACCUUUAGAUAAUUUCAAUAAUGUUUAAGAAAAUUUAGAUAACACAAUUUGCACUAUAGGUGCAAGAUUACUUAAGUAAAAUGAAGAAUCAGAUUACUUAGAAAAUUUUACAAAUUUUAAUUAAGCUUAUUUCAACAAAUCUUAUUAUAAUUUUGAUGAUAUUAUCUUUUACUUAGAUAAUUAAUUAAAUAUGACUUUAUAAAUCUAAUUUCAUUGUAAUUCUAUAUUUACUCCUAUUUAUGGAAAAUAAGGUGAAAUUAUGGGAUAUCACAAUAAUUACUAUUUGAGAAUGAAUAUAAAUUCAUUGCCUUGUUAAUUAGGAGAAAUUAAAAGUGUUAAUGAUAAUACUUGUGUUCCUUGUAAUGCUACAUAAGGUUUGUAUUCCUUAAUUUUGAAUUCAAAUAGUUGUUCUUAAAAGGAUGAUGUAACUACAAGUGAUAUCAAAUCUGCUUAAUUAAAAUUAAAGCCAGGAUUUUGGAGACCCUACUUUGAUACAGAUGAUGUAAGCUAAUGUAUCAAUUUACUGGUUAAUUGUAAUGGCGGUUGGAAUGAAGGGGAUACAUCAUGUUAUUUAGGACAUAUCGGAGCUUUAUGUGAAGAAUGUGAUUUACACAAUAUUAGAGGUCUUGGACAUUUUUCAACAAGUAAUAAAUAUUCUUGUGGUUCCUGUAUUGAUAAAAGCAAAAAUGCAGUUGUCAUUGCAGGUAUUAGUUUAUGGUAUGUAUUUUAAAUAUCUUUAGGACUUUAAUAUCAAUAUUAAUUACAGUUAGGAGUAAUAAGUCACUAAAUGAACAAAUGUUGCUUAAACGAAUAAUAUCAAGAUUAAUACCUUCUCGAGUUUAAUAUCACUCUAAUUUUGGUAUUUUAAUUAAAAUGAUCACUAAUCAUCUGUAAAUAGUUUCUGCUGUUUUUACUUUUAGAUUCACUUCAUUAAUUGGUGUUGGUAAUUUAGUUAAUGCUGUUAGCAAUCCAAUACAAACAAUGACACAUUCUCUUGAUUGUUUUUUAAAAGAUAUAUUUCCCUUUGAAAUACAUUAUUCAGUCAUAUUUUGGUAAAUCAUCAUGCCUUUUAUAUAUAUAGUUUUGUUCUUUAGUUUAUAUAGCAUUGAUUUAUUAAUUUUCAAGCGUGAAUUUAGUUUAAAUAUAAUAACAACAACUCUCAUAUAUAUGUACAUCUAUGUUUAACCAUUUUUGGUUGGAGGAUUAAUAUCUCUAAUAUCAUUUAGACAUAUUUCAGGCUUUCUUUGGAUAUCAGCUAAUGUCUCUUUUAGAUAUGAUACUAAUACACACUAUAAUUGGCUAUUAAACUUUUGCAUCCCAGUUCUAUUAUUUAUAUCUAUAUUAAUUCCAUUAUAUUUUUUUAUGUCUUUGUAUUCUAAUAAAACUACAUUGUCUCAAAAAAUUACAAGAAAUAAAUGGGGAUAUUUAUAUAAUGAAUAUAAUUUAGAUGCAUAUUAUUGGGAGCUAAUUAAAAUUACUGUUAAAUAAUUGCUUAUAAUUUUCCUUUCCUUUUAUGAUGAUAAUGUUGUGAAGAAAGGAAUUCUUUUAUUGUCAGUAGUUUAUAUUUAUUAUGAAAUAAGUUAAAAAUAUAAACCUUUUAGAUCACACAUAUUAAACAAGUUGGAUGCCUACUCAGCUAAUGUAUGUGCUAUAUCCAUGGCAGUUGGUAUAGGUAUUUACAUAGAUUAAUAGAGUUAAUCAUAUGAAAUUUAAAUACCCUAUUUAAUAAUUCUACUAGCAUUUAAUUUGCAAUAUUUGGUUAAAAUCUUCAAAGAGAUUGUAGCAUCUUUCAUUGAAGAAAAUGCAUAUUUUUUUGAUAAAAUAAAAGAAAUAAUACUUAAUCACUUACCUUGGAUACAAAGAUAUUAAAUAUUUAAAAAAAUACUCUAAAAUAGAAAUGUUCAAAAAUAAAGAAUCUAAAUUAGAUAUUUGAAAAUAAAAAAAUAUCUAAUAGCUAAGGCUCAAUACAUAAUUAAAUGUAAAAAUAAUUAUGGAGUUAAAAUAUCAAAUUCAACAAACUUUAAGUCUUUAGAUUGA